CACACUCCUUCGUGGCUGAGUGAUUACCGUCCUCUACGAAGCCGACCUGGUAUACGAAAGGCACUCGCGACGAUGGACUUCCUAAAAUCAGCAGUCGCGUCCAUAGCGAAAGGGCCAGCAUUUGGAUACUCCUUUGGCGAUCGAGUUGACAUCGAUCAGUCUAUCUGGACGUUGCACAAUGGCACUAAGCGGGAAGACGGCUCAAAAUGCAGCAUCUUCUCCUUCGACAUCAACGCCAAUCGAUCCCGCUUACCACUCGCCAAGAAUGCGCUGAGAAAGUUCAAGACAUUGCGGCAUCCCGGAGUCGUGAAAGUACUGGAUACUCUUGAGACAGACCAACUUAUCUACAUAGCCACUGAACGCAUUACUCCGCUGAACUGGUCAACGAGACGGAAAGCACUGAGCGAAGAGAGUUUGAAAUGGGGUCUUCACAGCGUGGCGAAGACACUCAAGUUCAUCAAUGAUGAGGCUGCCUCAGUCCAUGGAAAUGUUCGCGCGUCUUCCAUCUAUACAAGCGAAAGCGGAGAAUGGAAGGUUGCUGGGCUGGAGAUCCUGAGCUCCAUGAAAGAGGAUGAUGCGGUCAUAUUCACGCAAGGCAGCUUAGUGCCAGACAUUGGGCGCUAUACACCUCCGGAAGUCGUUAAAGGCGGAUGGGACUGCGUGCGACGGAAUCCAACACAUGCGGUCGAUGCGUACAACUAUGGCAUCCUUGUCUCAGAGGUCUUCAAUGGAGGCUUCUCGGGCUCAGAUCAAAUCGGUUCGACGAGCAACAUUCCGGUGAAUAUGCAAAACAGCUACAAGCGACUGACUCACGCACUACCAAAAAUGCGAUUGAGCGUUGCGCAUUUCUUAGAGCAAGGCAUUAGAGGGGGAAGCUUUUUCGAUACCGCGCUCAUUCAGCUCACAGAUGGUAUUGAUAAUAUGGGACUGAAGAGCGAGUCGGAGAAGGAUGCUUUCAUCAGGCAACUCGAAAAAGUGGUUGAAUCUGAUGAAUUUCCCGAGGACUUCUUCAAGGUCAAAGUUCUUCCGGAACUUCUAAAAGCGGUCGAAUUCGGAGGGGGCGGCCCUAAGUCUUUUGCCCUUGCGAUGCGGAUAUCGACAAAGCUUUCCGAGGAUGAGUACACAGCUCAGGUCACGCCGGUGAUCAUACGACUUUUCGCUAGCCCAGAUAGGGCAUUGCGCGUAUGUCUCCUGGACAACUUACCUCACAUGAUUGACUACCUGAGCCAGAAGGUUGUGUCAGAUAAGAUUUUUCCGCAAAUGGUGACUGGAUUUGGAGAUUUGGCGCCCCUCGUUCGCGAACAAACUGUCAAGGCAGUACUUGUUGUAACGCCGAAACUGUCUGACCGCAUUGUCAACGGCGAGCUUCUGCGACACCUGGCCAAAACUGCAAAUGACGAACAACCUGGCAUCCGUACGAACACCACAAUAUGCCUUGGCAAGAUUGCUAAGAAUCUCGGUGUGAGCACUCGAGCGAAAGUGCUUAGCGCAGCCUUCUCGCGGGCUCUUCGGGAUCCGUUUGUGCAUGCACGCAAUGCCGCGCUCAUGGCACUAGCUGCAACAGCAGACGUCUUCAGUGAAGAUGACUGCGCGACAAAAAUGCUUCCCGCCAUUUGCCCAUCUCUGGUCGAUAAGGAGAAAAUGAUUCGAGAUCAGGCCAACAAGACUCAUCAAAUCUAUAUUGAACGGAUAAGGAAGUACCAGAAUACCCUGCCAGAUACUGUGUUACCUCCGCCAGAGACCGCCUCAGCAGGGGCAACGAGGAUGAGUACACCCCAGCCCGGCGCAGCGGGUGCAAGUGGUCAAUGGAUUGGUUGGGCAGUGUCUUCGUUCACAAACAAGCUCAGCACAGCAGCAGGUGAAAUACAGCCCAACGGCACAGGUCUGGCUCCCAAACCAGCGCUGGAAAGAACCGCCUCAUCUCCCGGCUCGGUAACGAACGGCACAUCGUCUCUCGGCCCGGGACUUCGACCGACUUCUUCAACAGCAUCAACACCUAGAGUUGCAUCGGGAUUACGAGCCACAUCCGCUGUAACAUCGGCGCCACCAGAUGAAGAAGAUUUCGGUGUAGAGGAUGCAUGGGGCGACUUGAAUGACGAUGUGCCUACCGAAGACGACCCAUGGGCUGAGUCCUCAACAACAUCGAAGCCCACCAGUGUCGCGUAUGAUGAUGGCGGCGAGCCUGACUUCGAAGGCUGGCUGAAUGCUCAAGCACAGUCGAACCAAGGCAGCAAGAAGCCUUUGCCCAAAGGCCUUGCAAAGAAGAAGACGACUCCACUGACAAGGUCGGCUCCACCUUCGAGAUCAACAACGGCGCCAAGAGCAUCAACCACAUCUACGAUGUCAAAACCCGCUGCCAAGCCCAAGCCGGCACCUGCGCCCGCUGCGCAGGAGGAAGAUGAUGACUGGGGUUCUGCUUGGAAUUAGCACUGAACGGGCGGUAACAGUCAGCGAUUGAUUGUGCAGAAGCACCUUUGGCAGAAAGGCAGUACAUUUUAAGAAGCGUUGCACGAGUGACAAUUCACAAGGACUCAGCCAGAUGUCCAGCAUCAUGUGAGAAGAUGUCCAUCGCAACCACUGCUUAUGUAUCUGGACACCAUCCAUCGACCCUCUUUGGCAUGCCAGCUAUGGGUCCUACAAAUACCGCUGAAGCACGACCUACAUGCAUACCCGUCGAUUUCUUUACCUGAUCCGUACGUACCGUACGCACCCAUGCGGAGACUUACACCCAUGUUGAAGACGCACGGUGAACCAUGGUAACAAUACCUCUUCGGGCAGAAGACCGAGAAUGCAUACUGUAUGUAGCUAAGAUGCAUGGGGAAGGUGUUUCCAAAGAAGCGCGGUCAGAACUGGCGACUGGCGACGCAUGCUUUCACGUCACCUGAGAUGGAUGGGUCAUUGGGAGUGGUGGAGUUAUGUAUGCCAAUGGGCGCGCGCGGUGGAGUCGAAAGUGGGCUUUUCGGAGUGAGGUAUUAUAUUACAUUACAUAGCUUUUUUCCAUUCAGUGUAUUGCGGUCGGGCUUGAUGUCCACGUCCACAUGGGCGUGUC